CGGGUGCCGCGGCGGGCGGCGCCUCAGUCGGUGCGGGGCGGGCGGAGGCGGCGGGUGGGGAGCGAAGCGGCAGGAGGCGGCGGCGGAGCGUGAUGGGCGCCUGACGCCCGGCCCGUCCCGCCGCCGAGGGACGAUGGCGCAGCCCCGCGGCGGGCGGUGGCUGCUGGGUGUCCUGCUGGCCCUGUGCCGCCUCGCCGCGCCGCUCGCCAAGAGCCUGGAGCCGGUGUCGUGGAGCUCCGCGAACCCCAAGUUCAUGACUGGGAAGGGGCUGGUCAUCUACCCAGAGAUCGGGGAUAAACUGGACAUUAUCUGCCCCAAGGCAGAGCCGUCCAGGCCUUAUGAGUACUACAAGCUGUACCUGGUGAGGAAGGAGCAGGCAGAUGCCUGCAGCACUGUCAUGGACCCCAACGUGCUGGUGACGUGCAACCGGCCCGAGCAGGAGAUCCGCUUCACCAUCAAGUUCCAGGAGUUCAGCCCCAACUACAUGGGCCUGGAAUUCAAGCGGCAGCAGGAUUACUUCAUCACAUCCACUUCCAACGGCACGCUGGAUGGCCUGGAGAACCGGGAAGGAGGGGUCUGCCAGACACGCUCCAUGAAGAUCGUCAUGAAAGUGGGGCAAGAUCCAAAUGCAGUGAUCCCAGAGCAGCUGACAACUAGUCGGCCGAGCAAGGAGUCGGAUGACACUGUGAAGGUCAUCACGCAGAGCCCACGCAGCAAGGUCCCAGCAGUGGAGGAGCCCGGCAAGCCAGGCUCUGUCAACCAGGACGGCCAGGAGACCCAAGGUCCCAGCGAUGGUUUCCUGAGCUCCAAGGUGGCUGUGUUCGCGGCCAUCGGUGCCGGCUGCGUCAUCUUCAUCCUCAUCAUCAUCUUCCUCGUUGUGCUCCUGAUCAAGAUCCGCAAGCGGCACCGGAAGCACACGCAGCAGCGAACCGCGGCCUUGUCCCUCAGCACCUUGGCCAGCCCCAAAUGCAGCGGGAACGCGGGCUCGGAGCCCAGCGACAUCAUCAUCCCCCUACGGACUACAGAGAACAACUACUGCCCACACUACGAGAAGGUGAGCGGGGACUACGGGCACCCCGUCUACAUUGUCCAGGAGAUGCCCCCGCAGAGCCCAGCCAACAUUUACUACAAGGUGUGAGGAGCAGCCUGGGAACGGCCGAUGCAGCAGCGCGGGAGCACCGGGCGCGGGGCUGGUGCCGCAGGGAGGAAGCGAAACACCCCCCUCGGCACGGCACAGCCAGCGCCGGGAGCGGCGCCGGGGAGCGGAGGGCUCAACGCUCACGUGCUGAUUCUCCCCUUUGUAUUUAGUUUUGUAGUUCUCAGCUUUUGUAAUCCCAAGACUCUUGAGGGUGAGCCUUCAGCCUCCUCCUCUUCUUCUCCAGACUGUGGCCGGCCGUGGGGGGCGGGCGCCGUGCCUUUCCGCGCUCGGGACACCACUGGCAAACCCAGAGACUCCACCUCCCCUUUGUGGUUUGGGAUUUCCCCUCGUCACCCCUCUGGCCCCACAGGAAGUGCCCCGCCAGCACCGCGGGGUCCUGGAGCCUGGAGCAACACUGGGGCCUCGGUCCCAGAAGCAGCAAGCACACAGGGGGAUGAGGAGGAGGAUGCUUUGCCAAGGUGCCAAGAUGCAGACAACUGUGCAGGGAGGAAGCUGGCAAA